UCAAUCAACACACAAUCAAUACAGUAUUGAUAUGGAUGGUGUAGCAUACAAAGUAAACAUGACACACGGUGUGUGUGUGUGUGUGUGUGUGUGUGAUUGUGUAUUUAUAGACAUCAUCAAUGAGUUGUCAGCAGUCCAGCAGCGACACCUGGAGUGCAUCCAGGAUCCUCCGGGUAUGGAUAUGUACAGGGUGGCACAUAUCACUACCAUCAACAAGGUGGACUUGCCCUAUUACAAGGGCGAGAGGGAGCAACAGCCUGGAAGGCUUCCACGAAGCCCUCCCUCACAUGAUUCCGGGUAUGCAACUGCAGUCUGUAUACUCUGUUACGAAUCAAACAUGUGACCCUGUCGUUAUUCUAACACCUUUUUAUGGUGACUUUCAGGUCCCCAGUGUCCAGCACGGCCUUAUCAGGUGUACCUGAUCAGUGGCAUCGCGAGGUGGAACUCAGACAGGAGUGCGGCUGCCUUGUUUGGAGGACAUGGGGGAGGCACCAUAGGACCUACUCUGCACCGCUGGUCAGCCGCCUCGACACCUGCCGUCGGCAGCUGUUUGGAGAGGCUGUGGAGGAGAAUUUCCAGGCCCUUGCUGAUGUCCCCCCUCUCAGCUUGGGCUGGAGUACCUCUUCAGCCAGAGCAAGAGCCAGGGCAAACGGGGCACCUUCUCUCUCUUCAGGAUCUAGUCAACGAUGGGCCAGGUCUGGAUGAGGAGGUGGUUCAGCCUGGACAACCCAAUCCAGGUGAAGCAGAUGAGGCUUACCAGAGCGAAGAGGAAGCCCGUUACAAUGAUGUGCUGGAUGCCACUCUGCCCCACAUCACUCUCACCAGUGACAAAACCGCCACCGAUCACCCUCCAGCCUUUGAGGAUGCCUGCAGUCAAAACCCUCUUCCUGGUUUCCAGAAGUUGGAAGCGUUCUGCUCUGCUUGAGAUCGGCCUGAUAGAUACCAAGCUGUCCCUGACCACCGAGCAGAGAAACGAGCUCCUCCAACUAUGGAACACAGUGGAGGAGCAUGACAAGCGCCCACAGCAGUUCACCCAGCUGCACAGGACACACUGGGGCAACACCCUAUACUGCCGCACCAAGAGGGAUGACCUGGUAGAUGCUGCUGUAAUACAGAAGCUGAAGAUGGUAAAGAGGUAUGCACCAGCACAGCAGGACAUCAGCGCUCUGCACAACAGGCUGAUGUACACCCUGGUCAAACUGUUGUGGUUGCGUUCACCUCAAGGGUCUUGCAGUAGUCCAGAAAAGACCACCAUCUUGAAGGCCUAUGAGUGGAUCCAGCAGUAGGUUUUGGUGGAUGACCCCAUCCUGUCAAAUGCAGGCAUCCCUCUGCCGAAUAUUAACAGUAAGACCGUCCGGGACUUCAUCCAUCGGCAAGAGCGCCUCCUCAAUGUACACGCCACCAAACAGCCGUGCACCAUCAGCAAAACGACGUCCAUCUCUGCAGCAGACCUGCCUCCAGCUCCUCACCAGCCAGCGGUCCUCCCUCCACCAGACUACCCCUUGAUGGAGUACGUGUCCACACCCAGCACGGCAGGGAUGAAGGCC